AUGGCUCAAGCGCGACCCAUCGUCGAGGCUGCAAGUACACCGCCAGUCGCCGUCAAGCGAUCGCUCAUGCCCACGCCCGCGCCUCGUAUCCCGACCAUCAACGCUCGCUCCACCUCGGACGAGAUCUACGAGAUCUACUCUUCUCACCAUAUGCCUACUCCCAUCAGGCGUCAGGACCAGCCUUCUGUCCCACUCUCAUCUCUCGGUCCACCUCGCUUCCCAUCCGACAUUCCCUCGUGCCCCAAAUGUGAAGCGCAAUACUCCUCUCUCUCAUCCUGUAUGGGCGCCUCGUCGGUCUUCGCCAACGCCACGUCGAUCUUCAACGACCCGAUCGCGUACAUCAACGUCAUUCGCUGCGCAUGCACCGACACCUUCCAAUCGGUCUACCCGCAGUGUCUCGACUGCUUCCAGCGCACCGACCAGUGCUACUACCUAGGGACGGAUCCGCAGGGCACGGGUGCGGACAAGGUGGUGAGCAACCUGAGGAGCAUCUGUGGGCUAGGGAGUGCAUUGCUCGGCGGCGUAGCGAGUGUUAAUGGGGACGUGGGGACGGUGGUCCCGAGUCAACCGGGGAGCUAUACGGAUGUCUCGACGACCGGUGCGGGGUAUAAGGACGCUAGUACAGGUGCGAUCUUCCAGAGUUCGGGCGGCAGGUCGGUCGUGGAUGACGCGGUGAAGGGGUGGAGAAUGGUGGCAGUGGUGGUGGGUGUCAGUGCGUUUGCGAUGGCGGGCGGUGCCGCCAGGCUCACGUUUUAG